AUGCCAACACACUCAAACUCUGGUGUGAGCAUCCAAUACCUAUACGAUCACGCUCGGGAACUUGUCGCAGAUCUGGCCAGGAAGCGGGGCUUAACCAAGUCGAGAGAACGGCCGAUCAUCUUUGUGGUGCAUAGUCUUGGUGGCAUCGUCGUCAAGAGUGCCCUCAUCCACUCCGACACCGCACGUGAAGGCGCAUUGGCCGAACAUCGAUCUAUCAAAACCUCCACACAUGGAAUCUUGUUCAUGGGAACCCCUCAUCAAGGAGGUAAUGGAGUCCAACUGGGGCGCGUGCUCGUCAAUGUCGCAUCCAUCUUCGUCUCAGCAAACGACCGCCUGCUCAGGCACCUCGAACGAGACUCGGAAUGGCUACAACAACAACUAGGACAGUACGGGCCUAUCAGCAGAGACUUUGUGACAAAGUUUGCUUACGAGGUGUUCGAAACGCCUACUCCCUUAGGACGAAUUAUGGUUGUACCGAGAGCAUCGGCUGUUGUUCCCGGCCAAACAGAUGGCGAACCAAUCGCUAUUCAUGCUGAUCAUAUCAACAUGGUGAAGUUCGCUUUCAAGGAGGACUCAAACUACGUCAAAGUGUUGGAGGUACUUCAAAUCAUGGUGGCAGAUGCUUGUAGCAACAUCCAAUCGAGGUGGGAGACGGAGGAGAGGGUCACGAGAGCACGGAUCGGCCACAAAAUACUGGAGAAAAAAUGUACGUAUCUUGUCUGGCCCAUUUUACUCCAUUCCGUUUCCAGACAACAAAGGCUUUGUUGGCGGAGGAAACGCCCAAGUCUCCACUCGAUGUUGUUUCACGAUCAUUGUCAGAGCGUCGCUCUAUGCGGCCUGGGUGGCAUUGGAAAACUCGUUGCUUUAAAGCUCGCUUACUUGAUCAAAGAAGGGAGACCCGAAUACUCGAUAUUCUGGGUGCCAGCAUCAAGCAAGGAAACUUUCAACGAGGCGUACCUUGCCGUCGCCAAAAAGCUUGGCGUUCAUGCCACGGAUAAUGAAGACCUCAGACUAGCUCUGAUGCAUCAUCUCCGCUCGUCUGCAUCCGGCAAGUGGCUCCUCAUUAUCGAUAACGCAGACGACGAAGACGUCUUGUAUGGAUCGCAAGACGGCUCUGAUGGAGUUCUCGACUAUUUGCCUCAGAGUGAAGCUGGUGUGACGUUAUUCACAACCCGCUUCUCGCGUAUAGCAACGUCUGUCGCUACGGAAAAUGUCAUCGACUUAGCAAAUAUGAGCUUUGAUGAGGCGCACAGCUUUAUGAGACAUUCGUUGGUGAAAGGAUUGUAUGAGGAGGGAAAUGUGCUCAAUGAGCUUCUUGAAGACCUUACAUAUCUUCCCCUCGCCAUUGCGCAAUCUGCAGCGUACAUGAACGAGAAUAGGACAUCGAUGCGAGAAUAUCUUGACUUGCUUCGAAACACAGAGCAGGACAUGAUUGAACUGCUUAGCAGCAAGUUUCAUGACAGAACGCGAUACAGGAACAAGGAUUCGCAGCACCCGGUGGCCACUACGUGGUUUCUGUCAUUUAGCAAGAUCCACAAAGACCACCCACAAGCUGCUAGCCUACUCAUGUUCCUCUCGUGCAUUGAACCAAAGGGUAUUCCGCGAUCAAUCCUGCCAAAGCUGCCUUCAGAGCAACAACUAACUGCAGCUAUCGGAACAUUAUGCGCCUACGCUUUUCUCACUCAACGAGGCAAUGCAAAGGUCUACGACAUGCACCGCUUGGUACACUUAGCGGCAAGUGUUUGGAUCGACAACCAACCUAAGGAAAAGAACUUUGCAGUAGAAAUUCGAGAGAAUGCAGUGCGGCAGGUCACUGGAGUAUUUCCCUCAGAAGUGUUCGAGAAUCUCGUUUUGCAGAAAGAGUACAUGCCACAUGCUCUGCAUUUGCUGAACGGCAAAGAUUUGGACGCAGUUGGAAUGUGGGAAUUGAGCUGUCUGAUUGCGCCAAUUUUGACGAUAGAUGGGCGGUACAAAGAGGCCAUAAAAGUCCUUGAGCAACUUGAGGCUCAACAAAUGGCACUUGACGAAGAACACCCUGACCGACUUGCGCUAAAAGUUGCGCUAGCAAUGGUUUAUUUCGCAGAUGGGCGAGUCAAGGAUUCCAUUGCGGCACUUGAGCCCGUUGUUGAGGUUUACGGGACGACGCUCGACGGAGGACACCCUGACCAACUUGCAUCGCGACGAAGACUCGCAGAGGCAUACCAUGCAGACGGUAGGGUUAAAGAUGCUAUCGGACUACUUGAGUAUAUUGUAGAGGUUGAAGAGGCGACACUUGACAAAGAUAACUCCGCCCCGACUUCGUCGCAAUACUUACUCGCAAUGGUAUACGAAACAGACGGACGAUUCAAGGAUGCCAUCAAGCUACUUGAGCAUGUCGUGGAGAUGCAGAGGACAACGCUCAACGAGGGACACCUUAAUCGACUUACCGCACAGCACGGACUCGCCGUGGCGUAUCAAGCAGAUGGGAGAAUCAAAGAUGCCAUUGAGCUACUCGAGCACAUCAUCGAGCUUCACAAGACAAUGCUUGACGAAGGACAUCCUAACCGACUUGCAUCACAAGGCGCGUUAGCAAGUGCAUAUCGAGGAGACGGGCGAGUCAAAGAUGCGAUUGAUUUACUAGAAAAUGUUGUCGAGGUUCGCAAGACAACACUUGAUGAAGGGCACCCAGGCGACUUGCAACAGAAGGCGAACUUGCAGAUGAAGGGCACCCUAGGCGACUUGCAACAGAAGGCGAACUUGCAGAGGUUUAUCGAGUAGAUGGGCGUGUCAAUGAGGCCAUUGAGCUGCUCGAGCACGUUGUUAAGGUUCGCAAGACAACCCUUGAUGAAGGACACCCUGACCGGCUGGCGUCGCAAGGCGCGCUCGCAGAUGCAUACCUAGCAGAUGGACGGGUAAAAGAUGCAAUUGAGUUGCUCGAGUAUGUGGUUGAGAUGCACAGGAAAACACUUGACGAAGGACAUUAUCACCGACUUACGUCACAACAUUCGCUCGCUAUGGCGUAUCAAGCAGACGGGCGAGUGAAAGAUGCCAC